GGCCGGAGGACUUGAUGUCUGUAAAGUAAACAAAUACCUGGUAGUAGUCGAUGUCUAUUCGGUAAUCUUGUCAACAAAGAGUCGGUCACAGAAAUCAAUGCAAAUUUUGACUGAAUGAUCGAAUUGAACGUCAACUAAGAUAAUCCAUGAUGCACCAAAUGUAGAUAUAGUCAGAGGUCCUCAGAAAGUGAAGUUAAAGUAAUAAAAAAAAGGAGCAUAUUUCUUGUUCUUGUUGAGAACGUGUUAGGAUUGCUGUCCAGUUUAUUUUUCUAGUAUUCCAAACAGAAAAAUUUCAACAGAUCCUAACUAGGAUUGAGUAUUAUAAAUGGAACAUCCUGUGGAAAUGCUGUUAGUCAAAGAAGAGAAUGAGAAUUUGGAGGAGGACCUUACUGAAAACACUGAAGAAGGCUCUUUAUUUGCAGAUCCCUUAGAAAUCAAGGCAGAACCCAAUUAUUUUAAUGAUAGUGACUUUGUUGUGAACUGUUCAUCCCAAUCUAUUAAGGAUGAGGACAGCUCUUCGAGCCACGAUGAUGAAAUUGGUAAGAUCUGUAACGCAGAAGAAAAUAGACAUUUGGGCAGAACAGAAGUAUUUUCAAGGAGAAGCUACACAGCAGGGAAGCGAAUAACUUGUGCUGAAUGCCAAAAGACGUUUUCACAGAUGUGCCAUCUGAAAUCCCACAUGAGAACUCACACAGGAGAGAAACCAUAUACUUGUUCUAUAUGUCAAAGAAGUUUCUCUCAAUUACCUCAUUUAAAAAAACACAUGAUAACUCACACGGGAGAGAAAAAGUUCACUUGCUCUGUAUGCCUAAGAUGUUUUUCUCAAUCAAGUGUUCUCACAAGACACAUGAGAACUCAUACAGGAGAGAAACCAUAUACUUGCUCUGUAUGUGAAAGAAGUUUUGCUGAAUCAAGUGAUCUCACAAGACACAUUAGAACUCAUACAGGAGAGAAACCAUAUACUUGCUCUGUAUGUCAAAGAAGUUUUGCUGAGUCAAGUGAUCUCACAAAACACAUGAGAACACAUACAGGAGAGAAACCUUAUAGGUGCUCUGUAUGUCAAAGAAAUUUUUCUCGAUUAAGUCAUUUAAAAAAUCACAUGGGAACUCAUAUGGGAGAGAAACCUUAUAGUUGCUCUGUAUGUCAAAGACGUUUUUCUCAAUCAGGUCGUUUAAAAAUUCACAUGAAAACUCAUACAGGAGAGAAACAGUUCACUUGCUCUGUAUGUCUAAGAAGUUUUUCUCAAUCAAGUAUUCUCACAAGACACAUGAGAACUCAUACAGGAGAGAAACCACAUACUUGCUCUGUAUGUCAAAGAAGUUUUGCUGAAUCAAGUGAUCUCACAAGACACAUGAGAACUCAUACGGGAGAGAAACCUUAUACUUGCUCUGUAUGCCAAAGACGUUUUGCUGAAUCAGGUAGUCUCUCAAAACACAUGAGAACUCACACAGGAGAGAAACCAUAUACUUGCUCUAUAUGUCAAAGAAGUUUUUCUCAUCAAAGUGAUCUCAAAACACAUACAAGAAUUCAUUCUGUAGAGAAACCAUAUACUUGCUUAAUGUGUCAAAGAAGUUUUUCUCAUCAAAAUGAUCUCAAAACACACAUGAAAAUUCAUACAGGAGAGGUACCACAUAAUUGCUCUAUAUGUCAAAGAAGCUUUUAUCGUGUGAGUAAUCUCAAAACACACAUGAGAACUCAUACAGGAGAGAAACCAUAUACUUGCUCUAUAUGUCAAAGAAGUUUUUCUUGUCAAAGUAAUCUCAAAAGACACAUGAGAACUCAUACAGGAUAGAAACCAUUCAUUUGCUCUGUAUGUCAAAGAAAUGUUUUUGCUUCAACCCAUCUUAAAACACAUGAGAAUUCACAUUAGACAAAAACUGUGUUAUUCACAUUUGACAGAAACUGUAUUAUUGAUCUUUGUCCAAGUAGUUUUGCUAGCUCUGAAAUUCUAACUAUGGGAACCCAUAUAUAUAUUGGAGAGAAACCAUUCAUGUCUCAUGGAUGCCGAAGGAGAUACUUUGAAUCAAGAUGUCUUAAAAGGUGUGUGAAAACUCAUACUAGAAAGAAGUCACAUGGUGUAUAUGCACUUGGUUCCCAAGAAGUCUUUUUCAUUAGUUCCAUCUCAGAAUGAAUGUGUUAACUCUUCCAUAUUAUCUUAAAACAGUUUUUCUCUUGUAGAUUCAUAACAUAUGUGAGAACUCAUGGAGGACAGAUAUUGUUCUUUUACACUGCAUGUUGAAUUUUUGUCUUGUAAUCUCCAAAGCACAGUCAUUUGUUCUGAAUGCCAAAAGCAUUUUCUUUUGAGUGUCAAAAUGUACAAGUAAAGUCAUUCAUCAGGAAUGAUGUUCAGUUGCACUGACAGAUUUUUUCAUUUUUUGCAUCCCAUAGUAAGUUGCUGAGGAUGUGGAGAUCAUUAUUGUGAACAUAUCUGCAAAAUCUAAAAAAAAAAAAAGAAAAACAGCAACCUAAGGGACUAUAAGAAGUAAAAACCAUAUUUAUAUUUUUAGGAUACCGUUAAUUUUUACAGGGAAAUUAUUCUGUUUCUGUGUUGUAGUUGUUGCUAUUGAGAGCAAUUUGGAGGUGAUCUUACUGGAAAGACAGAUGAAAGCUCUUUAUUCGCAGAUCCUGUCUUAGAAGUCAAGGAGAACCAGAAUAUUUUGGCCACAGUGGAUUUUGAUAUUAUUUUUUUAUUAUAUUUUUACAAUUGCACUAAGAAAUUUUCUGGUGUCUACUUCACUUUUGUUCCUGUGUACCUUUUGUAUGAUUUCCAAAUGAAGAAUCGGUUUUGUCAAUUGACAUGAAUUUUUCUUCCUUUUGUUAUUCUUUAGCAUUAUGCAUAUGCAUUUGUAUAUGUAGUGGAAAUAAAAAAAGAUUGAUUUUUUCAUUAAACAUCAAUGAAAAUUAGGUGUAAUUUUAUUUGAAUAUUUUUGUAUGUUCAUGGUUUCAAUAUUUUACAAAGAAUGUGAUACAGUAUUAGUAAAUCCUAAUUCUUUGUAUUAGCUCACUAGACACAGUGGACUGACUGUAUUACCGUAUUCUGUUUUAAUCUAAUCAGUCAGAAGUGUUGAGCCAUGACUAAAGUAGUGUAUUAUGUACUGUAUUCGAUUUUAAGCUAAACAGUCUGGAGUGUUGAGGCAAAACUUGCUUUGUAGACAACUGAUGUAAUAUUCUGAUUAAUUAAAGCCCUUUUUUGUUUGUUUAUUUCAAUGUAUAUACUUGAAAAAUAUUUAUGAAUGUAUAAAAAUAGUUUAUGGAUAAAA